AUGGGAGAUUGGAAGACUAUUACUGUGCCAGUGCUGCCAUCAGAUAGCAAAAAUAUUUUUCAAUAUACCUCAGAAAAAAAGCUGUCUCCCCCAAGCAUGAACUCACAAGUGCUACGCUUGUCACUGCCUUCAUCCAAAAGCAUGCACAGCUUUUUCAGUGCCUUCUGCACAGAGGAGAAUAUUGAGCAGAGUAUAUCCUAUCUCAACAGGGAGUUGACAACACUUGGCUUUCCUUCUAUUUAUGCGGAGUCCAAAGGAAAAGAAUUAAAUUUAAUAUCUAUCAUAAAUUGCAUGAAUGAAUUGCUUGUACUGCAGCAUAAGAACCUUCGAGCUCAGGAAGAAGUGGAAAUGCAGCAUCUGAAGCUGGGUAGUGAUAUGGAUCACUUACAGAACAGCUAUGCUAAGUUAAAGGAACAGUUGGAAUUAUCUAAAAGGGAAAUAGUUGGGCUUCAAGAAAGAGACAGACAACUGCAAAGCAAGAACAGAAGUUUGCACCAGUUACUUAAAAAUGAAAAGGAUGAAGUACAGAAGUUACAGAACAUAAUUUCCAGUAGAGCUACACAAUACAACCAUGAUAUGAAGAGGAAAGAAAGAGAAUAUAACAAAUUGAAGGAACGAUUGCAUCAAUUAGUCAUGAACAAAAAGGACAAAAAGAUAGCUAUGGAAGUUCUAAAUUAUGUUGGUAGAGCUGAUGGGAAGAGAGGUGCAUGGAGGACUGAUAAGACAGAAGCCAGAAACGAAGAAGAAAUGUACAAAGUUCUGCUAAGUGAUUAUGAACAACGCCAAAAACAGCUUUUAGUGGAAAAUGCUGAGCUGAAAAAAGUUCUUCAACAAAUGAAGAAAGAGAUUAUUUCACUUCUCCCCCCACAGAAACAGAGACCCAAAGAAAGGUGUGAAGAUGGACCAGUGCUGUCAGACCUGGAGGAAGAUAUUGGAGAGUUAAAUAAAGAGAAUAUGUGGGAACUAUCUUGUGAAACUGUGCGAGAGCAGCUUACCAACAGCAUUAGAAAACAGUGGAGAAUGUUGAAAAAUCAUGUUGAAAAGCUGGAUAAUCAAGUGUCACGGGUACAUUCAGGAGCUUUGAAUGAAAAAGAUGUCAUUUCAAGAGAAGACCAUGAACUGGAAACUGAAAAGCUGGAGUUAGAGAUUCAGCAAUGUAAAGAAAUGAUCAAGACUCAGCAACAGCUCUUACAGCAGCAGCUGAUGUCUCCAUGUGAUGAUGACACCACUCUGUUACUGCAGGACUGCUAUUUGCUGGAAGAAAGAGAGCGUCUUAAGGAGGAAUGGAGACUGUUUCGAGAGCAAAAAAAGAAUUUUGAGAAGGAACGAAGAAGUUUUACAGAAGCUGCUAUUAGAUUAGGACUUGAGAGAAAGGCAUUUGAAGAAGACAGAGGAGCAUGGCUGAAGCAACAGUUCUUAAGUAUGUCUACUGAUUACAAGCACUCUGAAAAUAUGACAACUCCAAGUGCCUUCUUGGGAAGUUCUGACCAAGACAAUCAGUUCGUGAAAUCCACAUCUCAGCAAAGAAAACCUCACUGUAUUUUGAGUGGUCCUGUUUCAGGAGAACCUUGCCAGACAUCUCAGUACAUAACAUAUGACAGUUGCAGUGUUGCAACAAAAAAAUCUGCUGGAGAUAGCAAGCCAAAUCAGUGGGUGGAAAGUGACAAAGAAGAAACAGAGUGA